AUGGUGCAGCCAAGGUCAUCCAAGUCCGUGCCAAUAAUGCCCUCGCGACCUGGAGCUGCAGAGGGUCACCACAGGUCGCAAAGACGACCUUCCCCCACUCGCAGGCACUCGCCUCGACGGGAACACCACCCAAGAACCUCCAGAGACCAAGUGAGGGCCUCCGUGAAUGAAUCCAGCGCCUCAAGGAGCAGAAGUAGUGGACCUUUUUACUCCAGGUGUAGCAGGAGGAACUCUUGCUCCCCCGUCAGGUCCACGGCACCCCGUGCAGCUCCUAGACAUAGGGCAUUGGAGGAAACCAGUAGCAACAGCAGCACAUAUCCUAUAUUAUUGUCGCAGCGACACAGAGAAGCAAAUGAGAAUGAGAACAGAAGACAGAUGUUGGAGAGAGGAACAAUGCUGGAGCAUGAAGAAGAGGAAUUCAAGAAGAGGACACUAGGGAGUAGAAUUUGUAAGGCAGCAAAGCUGAUGUCUGGGUUCUUGAUAUCAAUGGGCCUUGUUAUGGUGUUUUAUGUGAUCAUCACCACCAUCAUGGGAGAAUCCUCACCUCUAGAUAUCUUCAACUUUGAAUUUGGCAAUGAAGACCUCUUACAGCGCCAGGAGAAUGUGACAGAUGCUACAUCAAAACCAGAAAUCAAGAGACGAGAGCCUGAUUUUGGAAUACGUCUGGAAUCGGACUCUCACAUGAUCGAUUCUAAGGACUCAGAGGGUCAUAACUCAAAUGUUUCUGCGGGGGAAUUUUCAAUGAGGCAAAAAGAGGGAGGAGAAACAACACAAACUGACACAAAUUUUAUGCCUUUCCCAAGACCCCCUCAUGGGCAGAACGGGAUUAUUCCCCAAAUCCCAGUUGUUCCUCCACCCAUUCCAAGAGGACACAACAACCCUCCAGUCCUCUCACCGAAGCAUCAGCUUAGACCCUUACGUCCACUUCCACCUCGUCCUCAGGUCCCUCCCCGCCUGCCUCCAAGAGGUCCUGGCAGUCUUCCUUUACUACCUCAACGGUCCCCCAGUAUCUCGAACAAUAACCCUAUGGCAAAUAUUCUCAAGAUGUCUGAAAGUCAGCAACGUCUCCCAAUUAACUUAGGAAAUCCAGUGGGAGGAAGUUUUACAGGUCAACACAGUUCAGCUGGAAUGAGUAAUGGUCAGGGAAUGAACAAUAUGAAUGGCAUGAAUAAUAUGAACAAUAAUGGCAUGAACAAUAAUGGCAUGAACAAUAUGAAUGGCAUGAACAAUAUGAAUGGCAUGAACAAUAUGAAUGGUAGGAACAACAUGAAUGGUAUGAAUAAUUUGAAUGACAUGAAUGGUGGUUUCAACAAUAAUGGUAUGAAUAAUGGUAUGAACAAUAUGAAUAGCAUGAAUGGUUUGAACAGUGCUAAUAGGAUGAACAAUAUAAAUGGCAUCAAUAAUGGGCAAGGAACUAACAGUGGAAUGCACACUCCGCCAUUAACCAGCUCGGGUCAGGAUAUCUGGAACUCUCUCUUUGAGAUUAUGAAUCGCCCCAGCAACUCUCCUGGGACAGUGAAUGGACAUCACUCCAGUGGGACCACCAGUACUCAGAGGAAUGGGAGGUCCAAGACCUGA